ACACAAGCACCAAAGAGGAAGAGCUGCAUUUUGUCUGGGAUGGAAACAAACAAGCAGCAUCUGUCGCAGUGUGACACGCGAUGGCAAAACUGCGCUGAGGGGUUUGGUCGGAUCACCAUGGCUGCGCUCCGAAGACUCACCUUUCAUUAACGAUAGUUGAAGAGAUACACGGGCCACACUUCCGGUGAUGGAGUUCCCCCAGCAUUCCCAGCAGCUCCUGACCGCGCUGCGUUCCCAGCGUCAGCGAGGCUUCCUCUGUGACUGCACUGUCCUGGUGGGAUCAUCCCGUUUCAUGGCUCAUCGUGCCGUCUUGGCCUCCUGCUCGCCUUUCUUUCACAUGUUUUACUCGGAUUCCCCAGGAAGCAAUGGUGAAAACAAAUCGACCUGCUCUGUCACACUCGACAGUGACAUUGUCACGGCUGCUGCUUUUGGCUUGCUCUUGGACUUUGUUUAUGAAGGUGUACUGCAGCUGGAGGACGCUCCACCAGUGGAGGACAUAUUGGCGGCUGCGAGCUUUCUGCACAUGAAUGAGGUGGUGAGAGUGUGCAAAAGACGACUGCAGAGACGAGGCCCUCUGGCUGAGGCCGACAGCACUCGCUCCGAGGAGAGUGCCGGUGUGAGGAAGGCAAUAGAGAUGGGAAGAGAGAGUGAUGGUGGUGGAGCUGAGCCUGUUGUGGCCAUGGCAGGAGAUCACUUAAGUUCAGCUGCAGCGGCAGUGCGACUCUCACCAGUGGCGGUGGGGAGGCAGUUGGAGUCUGUCAAGUCUGAGCGGAGGACUAGUGGGGGGUCAUCAGAGGCACGGAUUCAGACUCUCCUGAGCCCAGAUCUUGCUGAUACCACUCAGCCAGGUAUCGAUUCACCUCCUUUCCCCCCAGGCAGAGAGUUUGUGCAGGGCCUCACCAGUGGUCAAUCUGUCCCUGCCUCUGGAGGUCACACAAAGAUGGUAGUUGGAGGUCAGGGGGAGGGGUCAGCACUCAGCAGCCCCUGCAGCACCACAGAGCUGUACAGCAGCAACCAGCAGCCCUCUUCCUCGUCUUCUUCCUCACUGAUCUCAGUGAGUGUGGCUGGUGGGCGGUCAGGAGUUGCUCUGUCAGAAUCCAGUCUCUCUCCAAGCCUUCAUCAGGACUUACCACGAUUACCCCGUCACAAUGAUGUUCAGAAACGCUUAGAGACUGACCACAGAGGUACAUCAGACGGAGGACAACAGAUGGUCAUGUUAAUCCACGCGUCAGCACCCAACUCACACUUACAAUCCAAUCCGGCAUCAUCACCAAUCCAGAGUGCAUCUCCCCAAAUUCGAAUCCAGAACACUUUGUCACUCCAAAGCCAAAGCUCAGACUUUCACAAUCACUGUCAGACACCAAACCUUGGGAGACCUGAGGGGGAUACCGGAGCUUCACCCACCACAAGAAAUGUGGGCAGAGUGCGUACAGACAGCAGUAAUGAGAAGAAUGUGAUAGUCAAAGUGGAGGCCAUUGUUAUAUCUGAUGAAGAGCUGGAGGAGGAGAACAGAGAGAGAGAACCAGUGAUGGAACUGGACAAUGACUUUGAAGAUAACCUCCAGGAAGAGGAGCUGAACAGUCCUCAGUUUCUCCAAUCCCACCCGCAGGCCCUACUACAGAUGACGUCCCAUUCAAAUGACUACUCCUUCCCCCUCUCUCCCUCCUCUUCCUCUUCUGGUGCUGGCCCGUCCUUGCAGGAACCCUCCUCUUUUGCUGCCUCCCUCAUUACUCCGUCCACAGCUCAGCAGCAUUUAGAGACUCCAACGUACUACCAGGACUCCAUGGGUAACUUCAUGGAAGACGUCCCCACUUGUGGCGUCUGUGGAAAGACAUUCUCAUGCACGUACACACUAAGGCGUCACGCCAUUGUGCACACACGCGAGCGCCCUUAUGAGUGCCGCUACUGCUAUCGGAGCUACACACAGUCCGGCGACCUUUACAGACACAUUCGCAAAGCUCAUGACCAAACUCUGCCGGCCAAACGCAGCAAGGCAGACAUGGAGCUCUCCCCACAACCACCUCCGGAUCUCAGUUAACACACAAUAUUAAUACACACAAACCAAAAUUGUAUCUGAUAUACUGACUGUAAUCAUGCCUCCACCCUAAAUGGAGUGGGGAUGCAGUUAGCGAUUACUUUUUCAUUCAAUUGAUGAAUUGUGGCGAUUUAAAAUGUUACAAAAUGGUGAAAAUCUCCUUUACAAUGUCCCAACGCCCAAAAUGGUUUCUUCAAAUGUUAAUUUCUUAUUUUAUCUGACCAAAAGUUAAAACUGAAACACCAAUCUACAAUAAUCGAAAUAUUCACUUUUGAGAGGCUUAAUUGAGUAAUUUCUUCGCCGAAUUAGUAACAGCCAAUCUGCUUUCAAAGUAUUACAUUUCUGAAAUAAAAACUUAGAAAGCCUUUUUAAAAUAUAAACACUAAUCUGUUUAUCUUGAUAUUUGCAUUAUUUACUUUCUUUCAUACUUAACAAUGCAUUUUAACAUUUGACACUUCCCCAAAAGGACAAGGCAAAUCUAUGAUAGAUUUUUUUGAAAUUAAUGUAACAACAUUUUAAAUCAAAUUUCUAAAAAGCACUCUUCCAUCUUGACAGGUCAAUCUGAGGAGGGCUGUUUUAGACAGGGUAAAAAGGGAGCUGUUUUAAAUUAUCCUUGUGGUAUUUUCACCAAAAUAUGUGACACACAUUUCAUUAAGACCCCAAGGAACCAUGUCAACUUGUGGUAAAAUGGGCAUAAUAUGUCCCCUUUAAAGUAACACUAUUAAACUUUUAUUGAAAAGGAGCGCCCUCUGCAGCUGAACAUGGUGAGUAAUUCUAUUUGACUAUGUCCAAGCAAUUGAUGUGUUCACAUUAGGAGAAAAAACUACCUCUAUCUAUGUGUUGCACAGUCCCACUCACCCAAACGGAGUGGUGGAUUUAAUCCCAUGAUCUCCGGCUUCCUGAAACAGAGGCUACUCUCUGCUCACUCUGUUCAGAAUUCUUCAUAUUUCAAGUUUUAUUGACUGACAAGUAGGGUUGCAAAGGGGCGGAACAUUUCCGGUAAAUUUCUGGAAACUUUCCGGACACUUUCCAUGGGAAUAUUCAGCCCAGGAAUUUUGGGAAUUUUGAAAAAAAAAAAAUGUACAAAAAUUAAAUGCUGAGCACUAAAAACAUCAUUCAAAACUCUAUUUUAAAGAUGUAUGGAAUGCAGCACACGCUGCUCGGUGAAUUUCAACCCUCCACUGUGCAUUUCUCCAUCACAUGCAUAGAUAAUUGCCAGCAUCCUACAAGGUUUUGUUCAUCUUAUUCUACAGAGUAUUGCCACGUGGACUAUCUCAUGUGUGGAGACACUUCACCCCGGCCAAUGUAGAAGGAAAGGCUGUGUACAUUUGCAAAUACUGUGCAAAGACCUAUGUUAAGAAUGACACAAAGAUGCAGAAGCAUAUAUUCAAGUGCCCAAAGUUUCCUCAGGGCUCAAAUCAGCCUAUGACAAAACAAAAUGUUUAUUUUUAUGUCUGUAUAUGACAAGGUAAAUACAGUUAGUAUAAAUUACCCACACAAUUUCCAGUUUAAUUCCCGUGGAAAGUUUCCAGCUUUGAAUAUUCCCGGAAUAUUGCAACCCUACUGACAAGUCUAUUUAACUAAUCUACAGUUAAGCAUACGUUUUUCACUGGCUGUGUCUGAUGAUUGAAGCCAGUCAGUUACACAAUUCUCACCAAUCGUGUCCGGUUACCAAAAUUACAUACGGUUACAGACUUUCACAAUAAGGAAUGGAAACCAAAGCUGCAUCAGUCUCCUUAAUUCAGUCAGAGAGCUAUUGGAACUCAAUUCGAAGAUGCUAUUUUAAGGUUAAAAAGUUGCUUAGUGUUGCUUGAAUUGAUCAAAUUGCCUUUCCAGUGUGACAGAAAUCGACCCAUGUCCUCCCAUGAUGUACUGUUUGUUGUUUUAUUAACAGGAUGAAACUAUCUGUCCUUUAUGUGGCAGCACAUAUCUUCAGAAAGUAUGUAAUCAGAAUCUGAUCGUGAUAGCUGCUCCACAACUUCUCUGCUCUAAAGUUAUUUAAAUGACAAAUAAUAAACUGUAAAUUCUCUCAGCACUGUGCCUUAUGAUGUCCUGCCUUGCAAUUUCUUUAUCACAUGUUUCAUAGACUCAUGAAUUUUCCCAUCAGCAUCUAAUAAAAGUUAUUAUAAAUGGAAAAUAAGUUUGAUUCAAUGAGCCUACAUUACCAGGUAGGAUUGUAGAGUGGGGGUGAGGAAGCAGUGAAUACCUUUUGUUUGUCUUUGCUUAUUCUGUAUUUUUUUCUGUUGUAGCAAACUGCAUAUACGAUGUGAACACAUAUGCCUCCUGUCUCGUUGAAAUUUUAAACUGUAAAUGUGCCUCAAUGACUGUUUGACACUGUGGAAUUUGUUCUUCUGCACCAUUUCACGAGUUUUUGGAGUUGUUUUAAUGAAAUGUCAUUAGUUUUUGUAUUGCCACAGAAACCUAAGAGUCAAAAAGGAAAGUUGAAUCAGUUAUUACGAGUUUUAUAGUAGCAAGUGUUGUGAAAAUCUAAAUGUUUUCUUGUGAAUAAACUCUGUUUAGAAUAAAUGUUUCAGUGACUGACAAUGCACAAGUUAGUCUUUUCACAU